AACAAAAACAUCAAACAAACUGAUGGCUGGGCCGAAAAGAUGAGAAUCGAAUCGAAAGCGGUGGUGACUGGUGAGAGAUAGCAUCGCCGGAGGCCACAAAAAAGAUAAGCUUUUAGAGCUGCAACUUCGCCCGCUCGCCAAUCUCUCUUUCUAUCAUUCUAUGGCUUCCAUAGCUCGCGCUUUUCUCAUAUCUCGGCUCGCCGAGCUGUCACUGAAGCCGCUCCAGCCAACGCAACCGCCGCCUCCCUUCGCGCACCACCUCCUCAUCCGACCGUUUCUUCCGGCGCCGGCGUCCACUUCUUCUAGACGCCGGCCUUCGUCUUUUGCCGCCGUCAACUGCCUCGUGUCUGGAGUUGAUGGGGGCGGCGUCUCAGACGACUUCGUCUCCACCACCAAGUCCGGUUUCGGCCGCGAAUUCGCCGUAAUCGCCAAUAUGCUCAAGCGGAUUGAGCCUCUGGACACUUCAGUUAUUUCAGAAGGCGUUUCCGCUGCUGCUAAGGACUCUAUGAAGCAGACUAUAUCGACGAUGCUAGGGUUGCUACCUUCGGAUCAGUUCUCCGUCACUGUUAGGUUUUCAAAGCACCCACUCCAUCGCCUAAUUGUUUCUUCCAUAAUCACCGGGUAUACAUUGUGGAAUGCGGAGUACAGAAUAUCGUUGAUGAGGAAUUUUGACAUUUCAUCCAAUAGUUCCAAAAACUUGAACUCUGGAGAUAGAAAUGAGGAUCCAUGCGUAAAGGGGGAGGAAGUUAGUAUUCGAGAAAUUGAAAGUGGUGCAGAUGGAUGCAACGUAGCUUCAGAUACCAUUAGUAGUCAAAAUUUUGAGGAUUUGUCUCCUGAAGCUCUGAACUAUAUUCAGCAAUUAGAAGUGGAGCUGAAAACAGUCAAACAGGACCUGCAUGCUCUGGAACAGGAAAAUUUGCAAAUGGACUAUGACAAAAGAAGUAACAAUGAUCUGCUCGACUAUCUACGGCUGUUGGAACCUGAUAUGGUGAUUGAACUUUCUAAGCCAUCCUCAUUUGAAGUGGAGGAAGUUAUUCAUCAAUUAGCACAGAAUAUACUGCGAAUAUUUUUCAAAGAAGAGACGGACUCUGAGUCUGAAGAAAGCAUAUUGUUUGACGCUGCUGCAACAAACCGCCAGACUGAUGCCGAAUCAUGUGACACAAUAGGCACAUCACGGGAUUACUUGGCAAAGCUUCUGUUCUGGUGUAUGUUACUUGGCCAUCACUUGAGAGGCUUGGAGAACAGAUUACAUUUAAGUUGUGUUGUUGGACUAUUGUAAAGUUAAUCAAGGAUAAACAGGAAUGUAUAUCCUUCUUCCUUGCAAAUUUUGUGUUGUUUAUAUAAUGAGAAAUUAAGUAUAUAAAAUGCCUAUUUCUCCGAAGAAAA